CACAUUUUGCACUCAAUUUUUAUGCCACCGAACUAAUCAAAAGUCUUCGUCUUCGCUUCUCCAUGACCGUAACUCAAGUUUCUCAUUAGAAAAGAGUCGGAGCCAUUCUCUUGUUAUCAGUUAACAGAUUAUGGCUUCUUCUUCUUCUUCUUCCUCUUCUUCUUCAAUCAAUCCUCAAUGGAAGAAGUAUGAUGUGUUUAUAAGUUUUAGAGGUGCAGACAUCCGUGAUGGUUUUCUCAGUCAUCUGUACGAAGCUUUGCAUCGAAAACAAAUCUUCACCUUCAAGGAUGAAAACCUUCACAGAGGAGAAGAGAUCUCACCAGCCCUCUUGAAAACAAUUGAAAACUCACUGCUUUCCUUAGUCAUUUUCUCAGAAAACUAUGCCUUUUCUCCAUGGUGUUUGGAUGAGCUUGUGAAGAUUCUUGAAUGCCAGGAAACAACAGGACAAAUAGUAUUACCACUUUUUUACGGAGUAGAUCCUUCAGACGUUCAAGACUUGACAGGAAGAUUUGGUAAUGCCCUUGCUCAACAUAAAGAAAAAUUCAAAGACUGUUUAGAAAAGGUGGAGAGUUGGAGCCGUGCUUUGAAGGGAACGGCCAACAUUUCAGGGUGGGAUUCAAGAAUUAUUAAGCCUGAAUCUAAACUAAUUGACGAAAUUGUCAAUGAUGUUCGCAAGAAAAUAAAUCACUCGUUUCUAAGUGUUUACGAUAAUGAUGGCCUUUUUGGAAUCGAUUCUCGUGUGAAGGAAGUUGAAUCAUUGUUAUGUCUUGAAUCUGAAGAUGUGCGUAUGGUAGGAAUUUGGGGAAUGCCUGGUAUAGGUAAGACAACUAUUGCAGACAAAGUAUUUAAUAAAAUUGCGAACAAAUUUCAGAGUCAAUGCUUUAUUGCAAAUGUCCGAGAAGAGUUAGAAAAGCGCACUCCAGUUCAGUUACGACAUGAAAUCCUUGGCAAAUUGUUAGGAGGAGAAAAUCUUGAUGUAGGCACACCAUGUACAUUGCGUCAUUCAACUAAAAGAAGACUUCAAAAUACAAAAGCUCUUAUUGUUCUUGAUGAUGUGUAUGGUUACUUACACCUAAAAGAGUUAGUAGAAGGGUGGAAUUUGUGUGGUCCAGGAAGUAGAAUCAUUGUAACAAGCAAAGAUAAGCAAGUGCUGGAAAUUGUGGGCUGCGAGAAAUAUAUUUAUAAGGUUGAGAAAUUAAAUGAUUGUGAAUCUCUUCAACUCUUUAGCUUGCAUGCCUUCAAACAAACUCAACCCACAAAUGGAUACAUGAGGCAGCUAUCAGAAAGAGUGAUAAGUUAUACUCAAGGAGUUCCAUUAGCCCUCAAGGUUUUAGGUUGCAGCCUUUAUGGUAAGGGUGUGAAAGAAUGGGAAAGUGAGUUGAAAAAACUUGACACUAUUCCCAAUAAGGAAAUUCAGGGCAUUCUGAGAAGAAGUUAUGAUGGACUAGAAGAUAAUGAAAAGAGUAUAUUUCUGGAUAUUGCAUGUUUUUUUAAAGGGGAAAAUAAAGAUCGAGUAAAAAAUAUAUUAGAUUGCUGCGGUUUUUUUGCAGAAAGGGGAAUAGGUCGUCUGCUUGACAAGUCUCUGGUAACUAUUUCCAAAGAGAAGUUAGGGAUGCAUGACCUGCUACAACAAAUGGGUAAGGAUAUUGUUUGCAAGGAAAAUAAAAAGCCUAGAAAGCGUAGCAGGUUGUGGAAUGCCGAGGAUAUAUAUUACAUACUGAAAACAGACAAAGGGGCUGAAAGUGUUGAAGCCAUAUCACUGGAUUUGUCCAAAAUUAGAAACAUAGAACUAUGUCCUUCUGCCUUUGAGAAAUUUUAUAAGCUUAGAUUGCUCAAAUUUUACAAUCCUGGCUCUAAGGAAAUGAAGUUACAUCUUCCUAAAGGCCUGAAUUUUCUUCCAAAUGAGCUGAGGUUUCUCUACUGGGAUCAAUACCCUUUGAAAUCAUUGCCAUCGACAUUUUGCCCUGAGAAUCUUGUUGAAUUGCACAUGCAUAGUAGCCAACUCGAACAACUUUGGAACGAAGAUGCUCCGUGUCUUAAAAACUUGAAAUUUGUGGACCUCAGCAACUCGAAACAAUUGAUCAGAAUUCCAGACAUGUCGCAAUUCCCAGAACUUGAGGUUAUAAUUUUGAGAGGCUGUAUGAGUUUGGUUGAUUUUUCUUGGUCUUCUAAGUACCAAAGCAAGAUUACAGAUCUACAUUUUGGAAAAUGCUCAAAGAUAGUAAGUCUUCCAAACAGUAUGUGCAAUCCGAAAUUUCUAAAGCAGCUAGACUUCACAGAUUGUGUGAAUCUCCAUGGAUUGCCAGAGAACUUGGGGGACCUGGAAUCUCUUGAAUACCUGAUAGCCACUAGAAGUGGUAUAAAAAGACUACCAUCUUCUAUCAAUCAGUUGAAGAAAUUGUACUUCUUGAUCUGUGAUGGAUGUGAAGGUUUGAUAUUGCCUCCUUUCACAGGUUUGGCCAGUCUUGUCAAUCUUUCUUUGGACGGUUGUGGUAUAUCAGAAAUUCCCAGUAAUCUUGGCUCUUUAAGGUCAUUGGACCAUUUAUAUUUACGUGGAAAUAAUUUCAGAAGCAUACCUACAAGCAUCAAGCAAUGUUCUAAGUUGACAACACUUGUUUUAAGUGAUUGCAAGAGGCUUCAAUUUUUGCCAGAGCUUCCAUCAGCUCUACAAUGGUUAGAUGCAAUAAACUGCAUAUCUCUGGAAUUUAUAUCGAGAUCAUUCAAACAAGGAUAUAUGAAUUCCUGGUUUUUGAUGGAUCUUAGCAAAUGCAUUAAAUUGGAUCAGAGUGCAUGCAGUCAAUUGAUGGAAUGUCUACUGCUGAAACUUCAAAGCAUUGGACAACCAGAGGAACAGUAUCUGUUCAAUGAGCAUUAUCAAUAUCCGGGCAAAAAGGCUGAUGCAACGCUGCAUGAUUGCCUAGAAUGUUUAUGCAUCCCGGGAAGUGAAUUGCCAGAAUGGAUGAUGUACAAAAAUGAUAGUGGAUCUUCAUUGUCAUUCUCUCUCACAACAUCUGAUCCUCAUUCCCAUGCUCCUGAGUUCAUUAAGAUUGCUUUUGGUGUUCUAGUUGCACCCAAAGCUAAUCAUUCUCGUAAUUUCAUCGAGACUGGUAUUUCUAUUUCAUGCAGAUGCAACUUCAUAACUGACUCUGGAGAUAGCCUCGAAAUGCAUUCUUUUUGCAGACUGAUCAAAAGACAUCACAUUUCUCUUUGGUAUUCCAACAUUCAUUUACAUUCUAGGAAAUUUCGUAUCAGGGAGGCUUCAUUUCAAUUCUCGAUCAAUUACUCAUUCAACAGAUUACACUUGAGUGAAGCCCAUAAGUGUAAAGUCUACAAGUGUGGAGUCCAUCUUAUAUUUGAUCAUAACUUGGACGAUGAUGAUAAUGGAAAAAGAUGGUCAGAGAUGGUAUUUCAUGAUCGGACCAUGUCGGAGGGAUUGUUCUUUACUCCUAUUGUUGAGUAUGAAUAUGACGAACAAUAUCCCCUUCAAGGAUUGAAAGAGAAGCAAGAGUUUAAAUGUUUCGAUUUAAAUUUCUCACUAUCUUUUUUGUUCACAUUAGUUAUAUGCCUGGCUACUGCUUCAGAUCAAACCAAAGCCCAACCGACCCAGAUGGUCUUUACUUUGAUGCUCAUACAUGUGUGCUUGAAGUUGCUUUCCUUCAACUCUUCUCUAUCUCUUCACGGAAUUUACAGCUAAUUUCUUGGUAUUGUAGAAAUUCUAUUUUUGUUAACUAAUGUCAUUAUUAAUUAACAAAAAUUUUAUUUAUAAGUUGAGAGAUGCAUUUAUAAAUUACAACACUAUUAAGCUAA